CAGAGGCGCUUGAGAGUGGACCGCUCGGAGAGUGGGAGCGCAGUCGCAGGUUCUCCAUCGCCUGGUGCAAGAUCUACCGCCACUCCGCCACGUCUGGGAUCUUCCUUUAUACAGACGAGAGACUCAAACCAACUCACUUCAACUCAGAGCGGAUCCACAUUGGUGUUUUUUUUUUUCUUUAUUCCACUUUUUUUGCCCCCUCUCUCCUCUUGUCGCCCCCCUGGUCAGGCUUAACCACUCUGCGCGCUUGUAAAGGUAAUUGUCAGUGCGCACCGUCUCGGGAGCCAACAGGAGGUUCGCCACCGUUUCACAAGACACUGCGGGCUGCUGGAGCGCCAUGACAGCUGAGAAGAGUGGCCCCGUUAUAAACGGUAAACCAGAGGACAGCAAGGACCCGGAGGGGUCCAGCUCCAGCCUUGACAACGGGGGGUACAAUGAGAGGGGGCACUGGAACAACAAGAUCGAGUUCGUCCUGUCUGUGGCCGGAGAGAUCAUCGGGCUGGGAAACGUCUGGAGGUUCCCUUACCUCUGCUACAAGAAUGGAGGAGGCGCGUUCUUCGUCCCGUAUGUCAUCUUCUUCGUGUGCUGCGGCAUCCCGGUGUUCUUCCUGGAGACUGCCCUGGGUCAGUUCACCAGCGAGGGAGGCAUCACCUGCUGGAGGAAAGUCUGCCCGCUGUUCGAGGGUAUUGGCUACGCGACGCAGGUGAUCGAAGCUCAUCUAAACGUGUACUAUGUAGUUAUCCUCGCCUGGGCCAUUUUCUACCUCUUCAACUGCUUCACCACUGAGCUGCCGUGGGCCGGCUGUGGACACUACUGGAAUACAGAAUAUUGUGUUGACUAUUAUGGAGAAAAUGCCACCAACAUCACAAGCCCCAAUGCAUCCUCUCCCGUCAUUGAGUUCUGGGAACGGAGAGUGCUGAAGAUAUCAGAUGGCAUUGAGCACAUGGGGGGGAUGCGCUGGGAGCUGGCCAUGUGUCUGGCCCUGGCCUGGUUCAUCUGCUACUUCUGCAUCUGGAAGGGACCCAAGUCAACUGGCAAGGUGGUGUAUGUGACAGCCACCUUUCCCUACGUCAUGUUGUUGAUCCUGCUGAUCAGAGGAGUGACGCUGCCCGGAGCGUUCGACGGCAUCAAGUUCUACCUCUACCCAGACAUCUCCCGCCUCUCUGACCCUCAGGUAUGGGUGGAUGCAGGAACUCAGAUUUUCUUCUCUUAUGCCAUCUGCUUGGGCUGUCUCACUGCGCUGGGAAGCUACAAUGCUUACGACAACAACUGCUACAGGGACUGCAUCAUGCUGUGUUGCUUGAACAGCGGCACCAGUUUCGUGGCUGGUUUCGCCAUCUUCUCAGUGCUGGGCUUCAUGGCCUACGAGCAGAACGUUCCCAUCGAGGCUGUGGCAGAAUCUGGCCCUGGUCUCGCAUUCAUUGCAUACCCCAAGGCCGUGACCAUGAUGCCUCUGUCUCCACUCUGGGCUUGUCUCUUCUUCAUGAUGCUCAUCUUCCUCGGCCUGGACAGUCAGUUUGUGUGUGUGGAGAGCUUAGUGACGGCCGUGGUGGACAUGUACCCAGAAACCUUCCGGAGGGGCUACCGCAGAGAGUACCUGAUUCUGGGCAUGUCUGUGGUGUCCUUCAUCAUAGGACUCGUCAUGUGUAUGGAAGGCGGGAUGUACGUCUUCCAGCUGUUCGACGCUUACGCUGCCAGCGGGAUGUGUUUGCUGUUUGUGGCCAUUUUCGAGUCCAUAUGUAUCGGCUGGGUGUACGGUAGUGACAGAUUCUAUCUGAAUAUUGAGGACAUGAUCGGCUACAAGCCUGUCUUCUUCAUCAAGUGGUGCUGGAUGAUCCUGACCCCGGGCAUCUGCGCUGGGAUCUUCUUGUUCUUCCUGAUUAAAUACAAACCGCUGAAGUACAACAACGUGUACACCUACCCGGACUGGGGCUACGGCAUCGGCUGGUUCAUGGCCAUGUCCUCCAUGGUCUGCAUCCCUCUGGGCAUCAUCUGGAAGAUUUGGCAGACCCCCGGCACCUUUUCUGAGAGAAUGAAGAAGCUGACCACUCCCAGCGCAGACCUAAAGAUGAGAGGAAAGCUCGCCGCCCUCAGUCCGUACGCCGCCAAUGAUGCCAAACUCAAGGUCGAUGGGAAAAUAUCCACCAUCUCAGAGAAGGAGACGCAUUUCUAACCGAGCGCCUGAUGGAGCCACCAAGCUGCCUGCAGUCCAGCGAGAGAAGACCACGGCG